AUGUCUGCUCAGUACAGUUCCGAAGCCGGUGGUUCCGAGGGAGUGAACUCACAGCCUUCGCGUCUGCGACAAGUUGUGGUGACCAAAGAUGAUCGCGUUUUUGUUCUCCUCACGACAAGAGAGUUAGCCCCGAUACCUAGCAGAGCCAUCGUGGACCCGUCACAGUCUACCUCCAUGCGCUUCCCCGUAGAUCCCACGCCAUUUCUGGAGCGGUGCUGGUCAAUAAACUCGAUACCAUACCAGGCUUUUGUUCCCGUCGACACCUAUGCAGCCUGUAGCUGCUGUCUGUUGAGAUGCCUCAAUUAUACCCACGCCAGUGUUCCAAUUGAGUCGAAGGGAGAUAGGUGGUACCUUCGACAAGAUGUCUUUCGUGAUUGGAAGGAUCUGGAGACCGUCGUUCUGCAACUCAGAGAGGUGUCCCGGUCGGCCACCACCGAUCUGAGGCUGGGGAGAGCUCUCUUCAGCUGGCCCGAACUGUCUCGGUAUGGAUAUGGGCGAAGUCACGUCGACCAUCUCAAGCUGACGGCAAUGCUCAUGUGCUCGAGGGAGGCAUUCAUGUUAGUUCUGGCUGAGGUAGCCUACAAUGCAGUCCACCAAACUGAUUUUUGGGAUGAGGUGGUAUCAAGCCACUUUGAUGCCCAUGUGGCGGGUUCGAACAAUUUCAACGUGCAAGGGCUGCAACACGUCGGUCUGUUUGUGGAUGUGGAGGAUUGCGACUUCACGGAUGUUUUUGAGCACAUGAUCAAUGCCGGUAUCCCACUGUGGCUGGCAUGGGGUUCAAUCCAGGCGUGGGCCUCUGCAACUGUUGGGUUGUUGAAGUACGUUCCGACAGGUGAUGAGCUCUGGCAAGCUCUAUGCCACCCGGUGGAAGGCCAAGCAGCGAUGCGUUCCACCAAGAGAGUUCCUCUGGGAUUGCGAGCUCUCCCUGAUGGCUCAAUAUUCGAUCCAAGCCCUCCUCAGCCUGAUCCUUGA